CAAAACUCGAAAACUGGUUGUGUCCGUCUAAGCUUCCUCUUCAGCAUCUUCUGUACUUUGCCUUUCUCGCGCAAUAUGUCUGUUCUCCGUGCCCUUCGUCAGGUUACUGCAUCCUCAUCAGCGGGCUGUUGCUCGUCCUGUGGCUCGCUUCGGCUCCCUGCGCCUUGCGACUGUGCAAGCUUGCUCCUCGGGCUUCCAUGACUGCUGCGAGAGCUUUCUCGGCAUCUGUAUGUCGUUUUUCGGAGGGUUCGACUGACGUCGUCCUCUCACAAAAACUUGCCGAGGAACUCAAGUAUGAGAAAGAGGCUGUCGCUGACGCGCCAGAAGAGCCUGAGUUCUUGAAGACAUUCAAGGAGGAGGGUAUCUGGGAGAUCCAGGACGUCGCCGGUAACGAUGAGGUCACUCUCGUACGGAAAUUUGGCAAUGAGACUAUUCGUAUGAUGUUCUCCAUUGCCGAUAUUCAAAAUGCUGAGGAAGAGCCGGAAUACGAGCAGGAAGCAGCUGAAGGUGGAGAGGAGCAGCCUCUCCACUCGUACCCCAUCCGCUCUUCAUUCUCCAUCACAAAGGCUAAUGGCAAGGGGUCCAUCAACAUUGACACUAUGUGCCAAGAGGGCGCGUUCAUCAUUGACAACAUGUCCUACUAUCGUGAUGCACAGCUUGGCACCGAGCUUACUGCCGAGGCCGACUGGAAACGCCGUGGUUUGUACAUCGGUCCUCAAUUUGAUACUCUCGACGUUUCCGUCCAGGAAGAAAUUGAGAAGUGGCUACAGGAGAGGGGUAUUAAUGAGAACCUUGCCAUGUUCGUUCCUGAAUAUUCUGAAUACAAAGAGCAGAAGGAAUACGUGAGGUGGUUGGAAAAUGUGAAGAACUUCGUGGAUGCAUAGGCAUGUAGUUCUUGCUCCCACUGCUUUUAUGACCCCCCAAAAGCCAUCCCUGUCAUCUGCAUGACCUUGCACGCAUCUUUACACGUACAACCAUACAUUUAUUAGCUGUUGUCUCCCCCCUCAGUCCCUCACUAGCAUCUAAUGUUACUCAAUGCUAAUUGCUCUUGCUUAUAAAAGUCUAUUGCCGACAUGUUGUCUUCAAGUCUCAGCGAGAUCAAUUAUAUUCAUUUCUACAUACCAAGUGGUCCACUAACAUCAGAGUUAUGUUUCUA